CCCCCUGUCCCGCAGUCCGAGCCCGGCCGCGGUUCCUGGCUGUGUGUCGGUGCCAGGCCGGACUCAUGGCUUCGCAGCUGAGGUUCGACGGCCGGGUGGUGCUGGUCACCGGCGCCGGGGGAGGACUGGGCCGAGCCUAUGCCCUGGCUUUUGCAGAAAGAGGAGCAUCAGUUGUUGUGAAUGAUUUAGGCGGAGACUUCAAGGGAGUUGGUAAAGGCUCUGAAGCUGCUGACAGAGUUGUUGAAGAAAUAAGGAGGAGAGGUGGAAAAGCAGUGGCCAACUAUGAUUCCGUGGAGGAAGGGGAGAAGCUUGUGAAGGCAGCCCUGGAUGCUUUUGGAAAAAUAGAUGUUGUGGUCAACAAUGCUGGAAUUCUGAGAGACCGUUCCUUUGCUAGGAUAAGUGAUGAAGACUGGGAUAUAAUCCAUCGAGUUCAUCUGCGUGGCUCCUUCCAGGUGACUCGGGCCGCGUGGGACCACAUGAGGAAGCAGCGCUAUGGAAGGAUCAUUAUGACUUCAUCCGCCUCAGGAAUUUACGGCAACUUUGGCCAGGCAAAUUACAGUGCUGCAAAGCUGGGCAUCCUGGGCCUGGCAAAUACACUUUCCAUCGAAGGCAGGAAGAACAACAUUCACUGUAACACGAUCGCCCCGAACGCCGGAUCGCGGAUGACCCAGACGGUCAUGCCUGAAGAUCUUGUUGAAGCCCUGAAGCCUGAGUAUGUGGCUCCCCUGGUCCUUUGGCUUUGCCAUGAGAGCUGUGAGGAGAACGGCAGCUUGUUUGAGGUUGGAGCAGGAUGGAUUGGAAAACUUCGCUGGGAGCGCAGCCUGGGAGCCAUUGUGAGGAAGAGGAAUCAGCUGAUGACGCCGGAGGCAGUGAAGGCCAACUGGAAGAAGAUCUGUGACUUUGAUAAUGCCAGCAAGCCUCAGAGCAUCCAAGAUUCCACUGGCAGUAUACUUGAAGUUCUGAGUAAAGUAGAUUCAGAAGGAGGGGUGGCAGCAAAUCGUACGAGUCGCACAGCCUCUGCAGCCACAGCAGGAUUUGCUGGAGCUAUUGGCUAUAAGCUAUCUUCAUUUUCUUCUACUUACACACAACUGGAAACUAUUAUGUACGCCCUUGGAGUGGGAGCUUCAGUCAAGGAUCCAAAAGAUUUGAAAUUUGUUUAUGAAGGAAGUUCUGAUUUCUCCUGUUUGCCUACCUUUGGAGUUAUCAUAGCUCAGAAGUCGAUGAUGAAUGGAGGAUUAGCAGAGAUCCCUGGGCUCUCAAUCAACUUUGCAAAGGUUCUUCAUGGGGAGCAAUACUUGGAGCUAUAUAAGCCACUUCCAACAUCAGGAACCUUAAGAUGUGAAGCAGUUGUUGCUGAUGUCCUAGAUAAAGGAUCUGGUGUCGUCAUCCUUAUGGAUGUCUAUUCUUACUCUGGAAAGGAACUUAUUUGCUAUAAUCAGUUCUCUAUCUUCCUUGUUGGCUCUGGAGGCUUUGGGGGGAAACGGACAUCAGACAAAGUCAAGGAAGCUGUAGCCUUACCUAAUAGGCCUCCUGAUAAUGUACUUACAGAUACCACCUCACUUAAUCAGGCUGCUUUGUACCGCCUCAGUGGAGACUGGAACCCCUUACACAUUGAUCCUAACUUUGCUAACCUCGCAGGCUUCGACAAGCCCAUUCUGCAUGGGUUAUGUACCUUCGGAUUUUCUGCCCGGCACGUUCUACGGCAGUUUUCUGAUAAUGAUGUUUCCAGAUUCAAGGCAAUUAAGGCUCGUUUUGCAAAACCAGUGUACCCAGGACAAACUCUGCAAACUGAGAUGUGGAAAGAAGGAGACAGAAUCCAUUUUCAGACCAAGGUCCAAGAAACUGGUGAUGUUGUUAUUUCAAAUGCGUAUGUUGACCUUGUGCCAGCAUCGGCUACCUUAGCCAAGACGCCCUCUGUGGGUGGGGAGCUUCAGAGCGCCCUUGUGUUUGAGGAGAUAGGCCGUCGCCUGAAGGAUGUGGGGCGUGAGGUGGUCAAGAAAGUCAAUGCUGUGUUUGAGUGGCAUAUCACGAAAGGUGGAGCUACUGCAGCCCAGUGGACUAUUGACUUGAAGAGCGGCUCUGGAAAAGUGUACCAAGGCCCUGCCAAAGGCUCCGCGGAUACCACCAUCAUCAUCUCUGACGAGGACUUCAUGGAAGUGGUCCUGGGCAAGCUGGACCCUCAGAAGGCGUUCUUCAGUGGCAGACUGAAGGCCAGAGGGAACAUCAUGCUGAGCCAGAAGCUCGAGAUGAUUCUCAAAGACUACGCCAAGCUCUGAAGGGCUUGCUGCACUACCACCGAAACAGAAUAAGUCAACACUGUCUUCACCCAACAUGCUUGAUUGUGCUGCAGAAAUAAUCAAAACCGAGAUACAGGGAAAUUGCUUAACAUUUUCAGAGUCCAGGUAACUUUUCAGAUUUUCAUUUUUUACUAAUUGUUCACAUAUCAUUAUUUUUGCAAGGAACUGUAAGCUGGCUCGUAAGACCCCUCUGUUCUUAGAUCUUUAUCUUCAUUUAGAGAUUAUACCCUAAUCCAGUUUCCUUCUAAUAUCUGCUGGCAUUUAUAAAUUACAAGGAGAAUUAAAUGAAUAAAAACCACUUUGAUACCUUUCA